AGCCGGACAAGGAACUGGCAGUGAGUGCACUGGCAGUGCGAGUAAACCGGCCGCCACCGCGCCGCCAGGACGCCGAGCACGCCGAGCACGCAGAGGACCACGCCGUCGGCAAGGUGAAUCGCACACCGGCACCAGGGCCACGUCCAGGUCGCGUCCAGGACACUGUAACCGCGGGGGCGGACGACACGACGCCUCUGCACAACUGCACGUCAAAUUCUUCUCCCAUUCGUCACGAACGAUUUUUGCACAUGCGUUGAUUUGAUGCUCCACUAGGAAACUCUCAGCGCGGCACGACAUGGACGUGGUGAAGGCGGCGGUGGCCGAGGCCGGGCGGCCGCAGAUCAAGGUGUACAAGCGGCGCUGGGUCAUCCUGGUGCUGUACGUGAGCGUGCUGCUGCUCAACGCCGUGCCCUGGAUGCAGUACACGGUGCUGGCCGACGUGGUGACCGCGUACUACGGCAUCAGCUACGAGUCGGUCGAGUGGACGGCCCUGGUGUACAACGUGACGGCCACGGUGCUGGUCGUCCCCGCCGCCUACUUCCUGGACAAACACGGCCUGCGCCCCAGCGUGCUGUUGGGCGCCCUGCUGACGGCGGCGGGGCUGUGGCUGCGCGUGCUGGGCUGCUGGCCGGAGCACUGGUGGGCGGUGCUGGCGGGCCACGCCAUCGUCUCCAUCGCCACCAACUUCCUGGUGUCCGCGCCGCCCCGGGUGGCGGCCGUGUGGUUCCCGGCCAACGAGGUGUCCUCCGCGGUCGGUGCCUCCAUCGUCGGCUCCAUGGGGGGCGUGUCCAUCGGCUGUGUGCUUGCGCCCAUGACGGCGAGGGCCAGCUGGACGCUGGAGGAGAACUUCAAGGGCUUCCUCGGCUUGAACCUGGCGCUGGCCAUGGCGGCCACCCUCCUGUUCGCGGCGGUGUUCUUCCUGUUCAAACAGGCGCCCCCGCUGCCGCCGUCGCCGGCGCAGGCGGCCGCGGCCGCCACGGUGCCGUCGGGCAACUACUUCGCGUCGCUGCGCACCAUCAUAAAGCAGCCCAGCUUCAUCCUGCUGCUCGUCUGCUUCAACCUCAUCCUCAGCGUGUACGUGGCCAUCACCACCGUCAUCAACAGGGACAUCACCGAGUUCUUCCCGGAUCGCACCGCGGAAACGGGCUACCUCGCGACGCUCAUCUGCCUGACGGGCAUGGUGGCCACCAUGGUGUUCGGCAUCAUCCUGGACAAGACCAAGAAGUUCAAAGAGCUGUCCAUCAUCACGUACUUCGGUGCCUUCGCCUCCGUCAUCAUGUACUCCGUGUGCAUCGCCACCACCUCCAUGGAAGUGCUGUACGUGGUGGCCGGCAUCAUGGGCGUGUUCAUGACCAGCUACUUCGUCCCCGCCUACGAGAUGGCCGUCGAGCUCACGUACCCGGAGCCCGAGGGCAACCCGACGUCCAUCCUCAACUGGUUCAUGCAGCCGUGCUCGCUGGUGUUCACGCUGGCGUACAGCCGCAUCUUCACGGCGUACGGGCCGCACGCCGCGCACGGCCUGCUCGUGGCCCUGAUGGCCGUGGGCUUCGUGUCGCAGCUCUUCAUCCCGAAGCGCUACCGCCGCAGGGAGGCCGAGCUGUCCCUGGCGCGCGACGCCCUGCCCGCCGAGAAGCCCCUCAUGAAGGACGCCAAGUCGUGAAGCGCCGCGUCGUGCGAGAGAGACGCGCGCGUGACACGGCGUGUCGGAAAAUCCAAUCGGGGAGAGAGAGAGAGAGAGAGAGAGAGAGAGAGAGAGAGAGGGAGAGAGAGAGACAGCGAGCACGCGGCGCUGCAUCGCCUCUGUAAACGGCGUUCGCUCCUCGAGGACCACGCAGAGCAUCUUCUGAGCCGCGUUGACUCGCUCGGGAGGUCCGCGCGAAGUCCGCAGACCUGCUCGUCGCGCGGCGCCUCCGAGACCCCCGCCGGCGCGACACCGUCGCCGUCCUCUCUGCGUCCGGACGGCCGGACACGGAGUGCACGAAGUGCCACGGAGUGCGCCUUCCUUCGACAAGCAUCGCGCCACCGCUCCGCUAUCGCCAGACCAGAUAGCUGCAGACUGAUCCCGAGAGUCGCUUUCGUCGCUCUGCCUCUCUCACACUCGUGGGACGUCCCGUGUAGGUGCGAGAGAGGCAGAGCGACGAAAACGACUCUCGGAUUAAGUCUGCAGGGCUUCGUUCACAUCCUCUCCGCGAUAAAGCCAUAGUGCAAGGGAGUGCUCUGAGUAUGCGCGUAUAAAGAUGAGUAGUUGCUCACGAUGUGCGUUUGUCUAGCAUUGAAGCUCGACUCCACUGCGCACCGAGCAGCAAGCGUCGAAUCGUUUCUUCGCCGAUCUGUACUGUGUAAAACCUUGUUGGCGUGAAAGUGUGUAAGCGACAUGAAAUGACGCGAUGUGAUAAAAAAUAAAAAGAUACAAGAGUCGAUGGAGA